AUUGAAUAUAAGGUUUAAAAUGGGUGUUAGUCACUACCUUGCAACCGUAGGAUGUCUAGGGACAGCAUUUAACUACCAGCUUUACGUGGCAAAAUCCGCAGAAUUAGAACAAGUUUCAAUUGAAUUGAAUUCAAAGAUUGAAAAAUUAAAUGAAGAAUUAAAUCAAUUAAAGGAACAAAAGAAGAAAGAUUUUGAACUUAAGUUAACACCACCAAUUACCGAAAACAAAGACACAUUAAAACUCAAACAUUCUGAACAACUUGUGAAGAAAUUACAAGAUGAAUUAAUAGUCGUUAAGCAAGAAAUUUCUUCUUUAAAUCAGAUCAAAGACAAUCAUUUUCAAUUAAAGAUUGAGAAUGAGAAAUUAAACCAAAAAUAUAAUGAAUUAGAAAAUGAAUUGGAAAAUGUUGAAAUCAAGUAUGAGUUCAAACUUAAUGAUCAGCUUGAAUUAAAUGUCGUUACUAGAGAUUUAGAGAUUUCAAACCUAAAAUUAAAAGUUGAUAAACUUGUUGAAAAUGAGAAAUUAUUGAAUAAAACCUUUUCUGACCUCAAGAAAUCACAUUCUGAAGAUUGUGAAGAAUAUGAAAAGGAGAUACAAGAAUUAGAAGAUUUGAAUGUGGAUAAAGAUCAACAAUUAGAUAUGUAUCAGCAAGAUCUCGAAGAGACAAUAGAUAUGUGGGAGAAAAGACUGUUGAGCCGCGAUCGUGUCGAAGAGAAGCUUAAAGCAACAUGCGAAAGUUGGAAAUUGAAAUAUUCUGAUGCGAAUGCUCUGAAUGAAGCCUUGAAGGCUACAUCUGAUACGAAGAUUCAUGAAUUACGUCAAGAACUUGAAAAGAAAGAUGACGAAUUUAAGAAGUUGAAUAAAGAUUUAGAAGAGAAGGAUAAAGAAGUUAAUAAGUUGACUAAGGAUUUAGAAGAGAAGGAUAAGGAAGUUAAUACGUUGACUAAGGAUUUAGAAGAGAAGGAUAAGGAACUUAACUAUAUGAAUGAUACAUUAGAAGAAAAAGAAAAGGAAAUUGAAGCGUUAAUUUUGACAUUAGGGGAGAAGAUUGAAUCUAUGACCCCAUUGGAAAAGAUCGACACUACAUCUGAAGAAAUUUCUGAGCCUAGUAUCAAGGAAGUCGAAAAUAAAACCUCUGAAACUGAUGAGGUUGAUAACUUGGAACUUCCAUCCAAAUAUGCUAAUUCUGAUAAGGUAGAUGUGAACGAACUUUCAUCCAAACAUGCCGAAGUUAAGGCACCUUCAAACCAUUCAGCACUUCCUUCUAAAUAUGCCGAAGAUCAAGAAUCUGUGGAGAAGGAAACUUCGUCCAGGGUGACCGAUGAAGAGGGCACCACAGAGGGUGUCUCUGAAACUGAAAAGAUUGAAGAGGAUGAUCAAUCUGGAUCAAAUGAUCUUGAAGGUAAGAAAACUGAAAAAGUAGUGAAACUCCCUUCUAAGUGGGCUGAAGUCAAGAACACGGAUACCGUGGUAGAACUGCCAGAGCCUACUGUCAAAAAUGUCGAUACAGAAGGUAUUUCUGCCUCAGAAAAAGCCAAAGAUGUUGAGGAAAUUGAACCAUCAAAAGAGUUUGAUAUCAAAACCACUGAUGAAGUGGAAGCUGCAAAAAUUGCCGAGAAGGAAGACAACACCGAAGAACUGGUCGUCCCGGAAUCCACGAAAUCUAAAGUGACCAAGGAAUGUGAACCAACUGAUUGUGCUGACCUCAAGAAGACAGGUGAAACAGAAAAAUUGUUAAACACGGUUAAACCAGAGGAAAUUUCCGAAGAAAAGGCAGCUGUAGAUUCUACUAGUACUACGGAAGUUGAAGUUGUCGAAUCCAAGGAUGCUAAUACGGAAACCACAGGCAAUGAAGACGAAGUUAUUGUAUCAACUAAUGAAUCUGAUAGCACAGUAUCAAAGAAUGACGUAAAAGAGUCAAAAUCUAUCAACACGGAAGAAAUCUCCAAAGAAGGGAUCUUACCAAAAGCCACUACCACCGACGAGGUUGCAGAAGAGCCUAAACCAAUCGAUACAGAAAAAGAAGAGACUUCCCUGAAAACAGUGGACAAUGAAGAGUCAACUGCUGAUAAAGUUUCAAAAUUAGAAAUGCCAAAAUUUUCAUCCAAGGUUAUUCAAAACGAUACGUACGAGGACAAAACUAAUACAAGUGACUUAAUUGAACAAAACGAAACAAUUGAAGAGAAAGAACAUAUCUCUGAUGUUAACGAGGAAGAUUCUUCUGAAAUUACCGAACCAAAAAUAUCUUUUGGAAAAGUUAAUGACUCUAGUGCCCCUAUUCCUAAAAAAGAAGAGGAUGUAAAAGAGAUCGGAAGCACCCCUUCAGUUCAUGAGAAAGUAGAAAAGAAAGCAGAAUUAUCAGAGAAAUUUAUCCCAGAUAUUAUUGAGACUCCUUUCAAGUUAACUUCAUCUAAAUUUGAAAAGAAAGAAAAUGAAUCAAAGCCAUUAUUUUCCAUUCAUGACCAAAACAAAGUGCCGAAAGUGGAACAAAUUGUAUCUGAUUUUAACAAAUUAGAAUCAGAGGGCCAAGAAUUAUCAAGAAAGUCAUCAAUUUCACCAAUGAAAUUAUUUGAAUCGCCAGUGAAGUCAUUGGGAUCCCCAAAUAAGUUAUUUGGAUCACCAAAUUCAAUUGAAUCUUUGGACUCCAUCCCCACAUUAAAAAGAUCCGACGGUGACGUUAGAUUAUUUACAAAGAAGACUGAAUCUUCUACACCAAAGGACGAGUACGAAGCCGUCUCUGAUAUUGACGAAGAGAUUAAAUUACAAAAUGAGAAAAAUGGUAAAUUAGCUUCAAGAGUAAAGAUUUUAGAUGAAAAAAUUGCUACUUUUAACCAAAAGAAUCCACAGUGUCAAAUUGUGGAAGAAGAAGUUAAUAACAUCAUAAAAAAUGAUGUACCAUCAAGUAAAAAUAAGGUAAAAGAUUUAGUUGAAUUACUUGAUCAGAAAAACAUGGAAUUAACUAAUUGCAAAAAUUUAGAGAAGGAAUUGGAAACGAAAUACCAAAACAAGCACAAGUUAUUUUCUCAAGCAAUUGCCAAGUUAAAGGAACAAAGAACUCGUGAAUCCUCACCAGUAAAGCCUAAAUAAUUAUUAAAGUCAUCCUUUUAUUACAUAGACUAAUUAUAGAUCAAAAUUUCAAAAUUUUAAGAUUUCCUAUCUGCUUAUUUUCGCUGCCCGCCUGCUUCCCAUAAUUGAGCUUCUCUAUAGAAUUAAUUUUCUUAUUUAUUUCUUUU